GGCGGUGUCUCCUCAAUGGGGGCGCGCGCGCGGCGCCAGCUUUAGCGAGGAGGGCACAACGGAGAGCACAGAAACUGGAUGGCUUCUACAGUGAGCCUGGGCAAGGAAACAUUAUUGGAAGAUGGAAUGCCACCUGCAAAAAAGCCCAGGAAGCUGUUGCCAAGCCUCAAAACCAAGAAGCCUCGGGAACUUGUUUUGGUGAUUGGGACAGGAAUUAGUGCUGCAGUUGCUCCCCAAGUCCCAGCGCUGAAGUCCUGGAAGGGGCUGAUUCAGGCCCUCCUGGAUGCUGCUAUUGACUUUGAUCUCCUGGAAGAUGAAGAGAGCAAACGGUUCCAGAAGUGUCUUCACGAAGACAAGAACCUGGUCCAUGUUGCCCAUGACCUUAUUCAGAAGCUGUCUCCGCGCACAAGCAACGUUCGCUCAACCUUUUUCAAGGACUGUUUAUAUGAGGUGUUUGAUGACCUGGAAUCCAAAAUGGAAGAUUCUGGGAAGCAGCUGCUUCAGUCUGUUCUUCACUUGAUGGAAAACGGGGCUCUUGUGUUAACCACAAACUUUGAUAACCUGCUGGAGCUGUAUGCAGCACACCAGGGGAAGCACCUUGAGUCUCUUGACCUGACUGAUGAAAAGAAGGUGCUGGAGUGGGCGCAGGAGAAGAGGAAGCUCAGUGUCCUGCACAUCCACGGGGUCUACACCAACCCCAGCGGCAUCGUCCUGCACCCGGCCGGCUACCAGAACGUUCUGCGCAACACCGAGGUCAUGCGAGAGAUUCAGAAGCUGUAUGAAAAUAAGUCCUUCCUCUUCUUGGGCUGUGGUUGGACAGUUGAUGACACCACGUUUCAGGCCCUGUUUUUAGAGGCUGUCAAGCACAAGUCAGACCUGGAGCACUUCAUGCUGGUGCGAAGAGGGGAUGUGGAUGAGUUCAAGAAGCUCCGUGAGAACAUGCUGGACAAGGGGAUCAAAGUGAUUUCCUACGGAGACGAAUACGCUGACUUGCCCGAGUACUUUGAGCGGCUGACGAGCGAGAUUGCCAUGCGGGGCCGCACAGGUGUGCCCAAGGAGGCACAGCAGCUGAACGGCUCUGCUGCUGCCCACGCUGAGAUAAAAGGUAAGGAAGGCUCUCUGGAGCCAAGGGGCUUCACCCUGUGUCGCUCCCUGGAGUCCCAGGCAGGUUUUCAGCCUUUGCUUCCACGCAGGAUGCAGCCCCUGAGCCUCAGCCCUGCCCAGGCCGAGCUGCGGCAGGGACUCCUGGGCCAGGCCCAGCCAGGCCAGCAGCCCUCAGGGAGGCCAGAGCCCACCACUGUCCCACUGCUGUCCAGCACUGAGCCAGGACCCUUCCGGCAGGGACAGGCCAGGACAGAGCCACCACGGAUGAACACCUGGUCUAACAUAGCAAUUGUGGUUUUACUGGGGCUGCGUGUGCCUGCGGAGCGCGGUAUCCCUGAGGGAGCUGCAGCCUCCUUUAACUUCAUACCUAGUGCUUUUAUAUUCUGUAUUUCAAUUAAAAAAUGAAACUUGAGCUUUUUUUUUUUACUGGAAGCUCUAGUUUUCUAGUCCUGUCUUUUUACUGUACAGUAUUUUGUAUGUUGAAGUUGUAUUAAAGGCCUGCUCACUGAA